CGCCAAUCCGAGUUUCUUUCUCCCACCAAAGCGCCAUAAUUUACUGAGGGAGACUUACGACUAGGACAUUCUUCGAUAUCGUUCAAAAACAAGUCCAAGCAGCAAUCCAUUGUUAAUAUUUCACUCGAACCGAACGCCACGCUGAUCGACUAUUACAAUCGAAUCGUAAUAUAAGCAGACCAGAAAGCAGCACUUGCAUACACAAAGUAUCCAGAAAGCAACAGAUAAGCAUAUCCUUUUUGCACCAUGACCACAGUCUCGAUCACCAGGGAACUCGAGCCAUACUUGGCUUCUCUCCGGUCAUACCUGGAGGACCACCCGAGCAAUCUACCGGAUAACGAGCCCGCAACGCGCUCAGAACGCCAGCCUGCUAUCAAAAAAGACCCGGAGGAGCCAUCGAGAUCGAAAAGCAGUGCUACCAGGAAUCCCUCCGCAAAGCGUCUUCCAUUACGCCCUCGAUAUUAACUGAGCCUGUUCCAAAUUCAACCUCUAUCCCAGGAACACUUCCCAGCCCCAUUUUUCCAUCACAUUGACCCAAUGCAAUCGUCCCCGGACAGUCUUUUCAUGCUCGAUAUUUUCCAACCCUGACACAGCAGAGCU